AUGUUCCGCCGCGCUUUUACUGCAUUUUAUCGAACUUCUACAAUACUAACACAGAGAAAAAGACUCGUAGCAGCUGGAGGUGUUGGAACCUCAUUGGGGCUCUCAUUUUUCGCUUCAAAACCGGAAGAUGAAAAAAUUGAAAAAUGCCGACCCAAAAAUUUCGAUAUUGUUGUGCGAGAAACCGACCAGCUGUAUGAUAAUUAUCUCAUCGAUAAUGCUUACAAUAUUCUGAGAAAGUUUGGUUCAUCCGAUUGCAGCGAACUUCUCUGGCGAUUAGCUAGAGUUGUAUGCGAAAAAGCGAAAUUGACGAAAGAUUCGAAUGAGAGAAAGCAGCUGAUGUAUGAAGCUUUCGAAAUCGUCAAAAAGGCGUUAGCGCAUGAACCAAAAGAAGGAUGCUUCGGAGCCCAUAAAUGGUACGCAAUUCUUCUAGAUUAUAUUGGGGAAAUUGAAGGAAACAAAUCUCGAAUUGAAAAAUCGUUUGAGGUUAAAGAGCAUUUGGAAAAAGCGCUGACAAUAUUCGAAAGCGACCCAACAACGUGGCAUAUUCUAGGCGUUUGGCAUUUCUCAUUUGCUGAUAUGGGUUACGCUACGCGAAUGGUCGCCAAGGCGAUAUUCGCCACUCCACCCACUUCAACGUAUGACCAAGCUUUGCAUUACUUCACAAAGGCUGAGCAAAUCUCGCCUGGAUUCUACAGUACUAAUACUUUCUACAUUGGUGAGGUUUAUGAACGACUUGGUGAUAAGCAAAAAGCCAUCCAAUACUACAAAGAGGCAUUUAAGAUGGCCGUUGUGACUUCAGAUGACGCUCAAAUUCACAAAAAAGCACAUGAAAAACUUCGACGUUACGGAAUCAAAGACAGCGAGUUGUUGUAA